ACCAGCAGUAACCAACGCACGAAACCAGCUCCCCGACCCCGAGUUCCUCCCCUCCCAGGCCCAGGCCAGAAUCCCCAAAUCCGGAUCAGCCGCAAAGCAAAACGUUCGAAACCCAGACACAGACGCCCAAGCCCACGCCCACGCCCAAAUCUCUCUCUCUCUACUCGCAUGCGCGGACGCGCAGCUACCCGCAGCAGCGAGUCGCCAUGAUCGUGCGCACCUACGGCCGCAGAUCCCGCACCUUCUCCGACGGCGCCGCCGCCGGCGGAGGCGGAGGGGACCGCGGGCUCUCGUCCUCGCAGGACGCGUUCGCCUUCGACGGCGGGGAUGGGGACGACGAGCUCGCGGCGCUGGGCUCGUCCGCGUCGCAGCCCUUCCCGCCGUCGCAGGAGUCCUCCUCGAUGUGGGACUUCGACGAGGACCCGCCCACGCAGCCCCCGCCGCCCCGGCUAGAGGGGCCGCGCCGGAAGGGGCGCCGCGGGAGGCACGCCGAGCCCGAGCCCGAGGCGGCCACGGCCACGCUCAUGGAGGCCGAGGAGUACGGGGAGAUGAUGGAGAGCGUCGACGAGGUCAAUUUCGCGCUCGACGGGCUGCGGCCCACCGCGCCCAGGCGGGUGCGCCGGGCCAGCCUGCUCGCGCUGCUCGGGAUCUGCGCGUCCGCCGCGCGCCGCCGCGUCCUCCGGGCUCAGGGAUUGGUAAAGCAAAUUAUAGAUAAUGUUUUGGCUCUGAACAUUGAUGAUCCUUCCUGUGGUGUUGCGGCGGCAGCUCUUUUAUUUGUUUUGGCAAGUGAUGUACAAGAGAAUCAUGUACUAAAUUCAGAAUCGUGUAUUCGGUUUCUUCUUAAAUUAUUAAAUCCUCCAAUGGACGCAAAUGAUGUCAAAGCACCAUCUAUAGGUUCCAAACUCCUUGGAAUCAGUAAAGUUCAAAUGUUUAAUGGCUCAAAUAAGGAUUCCGAUUCCAGCUCAGAGGAUAUCAUAUCAAAAGUCGAAGAAAUCCUCUUAAGCUGUAAAGAAAUCAAGCCACUUGACAGGGAUGGAAAGAGAGCAUCAAGGCCAGAAUUAUGUUCAAAAUGGCUUGCUUUGUUGACAAUGGAAAAGGCAUGCUUGUCAGCUGUCGCAUUAGAGGAGACUUCUGACAUGGUGACCAGAGUUGGAGGGGAUUUCAAAGAAACAUUAAGGGCAUUGGGUGGUCUUGAUAAUAUUUUUGAUGUUAUGGUUGAUUGUCAUUCCUCACUGGAGGGAAUUGUAAAGGAUACCUCCACUCUGUCCUUGGAAACAUCUUUGCAAAGUGCUGCACUCCUCCUGAAAUGUUUGAAAAUUUUAGAGAAUGCCACAUUCUUAAGUGAUCAGAACAAGACCCAUUUGCUCAGCAUGAGUAGAAAAUUGAGUCCCAGAGGCUCUACAGUUUCUCUUGUUGGUGUCAUUAUCAAUAUUGUUGAAUUAUUAUCAGUACUGUCUCUCCUUCAGAAUUCUUCCACUGUUUCCAUCAGUACAGAUAAAAAAUCUUCCAAAGGUUGUAAAGGGGGCUGCUCUGCAGACAUCAAGGGUGCAACUACAUUGAAUGGUCAUGGCAAGGGCAAGAACUCAAAGCAAAAUAAGCUUUCGCUGAACCAGAAAUGCCAAAAUUGCUCAUCUUCCAAAUUAGAUGCUUCUCAUAUUAGUAUAUCUUCCACUAGUGAUGUUGGCCUAUCACAAAUGACACUUGAUUGUUCCCAGUCUACUUCAAGCAACAGGGCAUCAAGUGGUUCAUUAGGUGAGAGGCACAGCAAUGGUCUUGGUCUUGGUCUGAAGCUUAAUAUAAGAAAGGAACGUGGUAAAGCCAACCCAAUUAGAGGCUCAAGUGGAUGGGUUUCUAUAACAGCACAUAGUUCUGAUGGAACGUCCAGAGAAAUGGCAAAACGACGACGUCUGUCUGAAAACGGCAACAGUGAUUUGAGAAGUGGCAGUGGUAGUGAUCCUUUUGCAUUUGAUGAUGUUGAUCAGGAGCCUGAACUAUUUGGUCAAAAAAAGAGAUCAACACAUGGCCGUCAAGCAAAAUCAGCGAAUGAGAAAUUGUCGGACGAUCGUGGGAUUGCUGCGAUUGGAAGUCAGGAAUCAUAUCAACCUGAAGAUAAUCAUCAUCUGGGUGCAACAUCCCAUUCUAAUGUUGACGAUGAUUCCAAUCUUUUGGAAGACUGCCUUUUGGCAUCAAUUAAGGUUCUUAUGAACUUAGCAAAUGACAACCCAUCUGGUUGUGAACAUAUUGCAUCAUGUGGUGGACUUAACACCAUGGCCUCCUUGAUCAUCAAGCAUUUCCCUUCAUUUGAUUUCUCCGCGGACACUGGCCGAGAUGUCGAUCUUUUACAAGACCUCACCGAUGCUGAGGACAGCAAAGCAUGCCAAGUGAAAGCUAAGCAACUGCGAGAUCAUGAGCUUGAUUUUCUGGUUGCCAUAUUGGGCUUGCUUGUCAAUCUCGUGGAAAAAGAUAGCCUUAAUAGGGUACGGCUUGCAUCUGCUCGUGUUUCUGUGGGUCUGUCUAAGAAUGCGCAGAGUGAAAAGGCACAGAGGGAUGUUAUACCACUCCUCUGUUCAAUCUUCUUAGCAAGUAAAGGUUCUGGGGAAGCUUCUGCAACUAUAUCACCGGAUGAUGAAGAGUCAAUGUUGCAAGGAGCACGGGAAGCUGAAAUGAUGAUCGUGGAGGCCUAUGCAGCCCUCGUGCUUGGCUUUCUUUCGAUAGAAAGCAUGAAGGUUCGAGGAGCGAUUUCCAGCUGCCUUCCAAACAACAACUUGAAAGUUCUUGUGCCUGUGCUAGAGAAAUUUGUGGCGUUUCAUCUGCAGCUUAAUAUGAUGACAGACGAAACACACUCAUCUGUUACAGAAGUUAUUGAAAAAUGCAAACUAUGAUAGGAUGGUGAAGAGGUCACUUUGUAUAGACUGACUGGCCUCUUCGCAGCCGAGGCACACACAAGUGUUCCUCCUCGUCUCCUCAUGCGCCGCAGAUGACCUGCAGUCGUCUUGCAACUAACCAACCAUGGUGCCAUUCUUUCUUUUCUUUUCCUUUGGCCCCCCUGUUGUUGUCGCCCAUCUUUUGUGUGUGCUCCUUGUCGCCUCUCAAAACACGUUGUUUACUUAGCCAAUUCAAUUGAAUGUAAAAUAACAUCAUAGGGAAUGUACUGUGUGUGCGUGUGUGUGUUUGUAAUUUGUACUGGUACCAGUCAUAGUCAGUCACCACACAUGCCUAAAUCUGAAGAAGCUUAAUGGAA